CUACAGCACCCUGUGGAUAGCGGCUCUCUCUUGCUAUAGGAUAGUCUGUGGGUGCCUUACAGCAGCACCCCUCUGCCCCCCUCGCUGACCUCGCGCCACUGGCCGUCCCCAACUACAGACCUUAGGUACCUAACCGCGAAUCGCAGACGGGAUUUCUACGACUAAAUACUCCGUCGCAUUACAACAUACGACUCCAACAUUGGACUCUCACAUACACGCCUACCGUUUGUGAUUCACCCACUCGAGAUGCAGAUAACGCAACACGCGGACCGACAUCACGAGAAUAAGCAUGUCGACCUGUUGAUCCUCGGCGCCGGCUGGACGUCCACGUUCCUCAUCCCGCUCCUCGAGCGGGAGGGGAUCGCGUACGCGGCCACCACGACGGAUGGACGGGACGGCACGAUCAGCUUCAAGUUCGACGCGGAGUCGCGCGACCCAGAACCGUUCAGGGCGCUCCCGUCCGCGACGACGGUGCUCAUCACCUUCCCGCUCGUCGGCGAGGGCCAGUCCGCCCGCCUCGUCUCCCUGUACGGGUCCACGCACGAGACCGCGUCCCGCUUCGUGCAGCUGGGCGCGACGAGCAUCUGGACGGCACCGACGUGGCACGACGACUCGUCGCCGUACUCGCACACCGACCCCCGCGCCGUCGCCGAGGACGAGCUGAUGGCGAAGUCCGGCGGUGCCGUGCUGAACCUCGCCGGCCUCUACGGCGCGGCGCGCCAGCCGCGGGACUGGGUCGACCGCGUGGUCAAGACCAAGGCCGACCUCAAGGGCAAGGGCGCGCUGCACGUGGUGCACGGAGAGGAUGUCGCUAGGGCCAUCGUCGCGCUGCACCGCAACUUUACGCCCGGCAAGCGCUGGCUCCUGACCGACUUGCAUGUUUACGACUGGUGGGAUCUGGCGCAGGAUUGGGCGGUUCAGACGUUGCGGACGACAGAAACUGACGAGCUCCAGGACGACAUUUCGAUCGCUAAAGUCGAGAGGCAGAGGGAAUUGCUAGCUUGGGUCGGUGAGCUCAUGGUGGAAGAGGGGGUCAGAGCGCUGCCAAGGGAGACAUCUCGGCUGGGACGCGCGCUGGACGGUAGGGGGUUUUGGCGGGCGAUGGGCAUCUGGCCGAUCCAAGGGCGGCUGCGAUGAGCUUCUCUUGGGUGUGUGUGUGUGUGUGUUCUUAUUUCUCGUCCUUUACAACGGCUAAGUAGCGAGAGAGACACACACAGAGAGAAAACUACGUGGGCAAGUUGAGAUCUGAAAAUAGAUGAAAGAGCGGAUAGCCAGAUGCCUAUAAUCGUGACGAAGAAGGGCUUGCCCUUGGCCGGAUCCAUCAUCAGGUACUCAUAGGUCCAUAUAUAUGUACCUAGGUACCCAAUGUGUGCACGCACCACU